AUGUCUCUACCCGCAGAGACGGCGCCAAACUUUGUGUUCAUCUUCAAUUACUUGACGAGAGAAUUGACUUGCCUGCUCGUAAUUACUCUGUCGCUAUAUGCUUUUCAUUGCUUUACUCGCCGUGACGCACGCUGCUUUCCAUUCUUAGUUCGAUACCCGGAGGUGUCUUUGGACUACUGGUACCAGCGAUAUGGCCCAAUUUAUUCAAUGUGGCUCGGGAAUCAGCUUUGCAUUGUCGUGUCAGAUCCAGGGAUAGCUAAAGACCUCUAUGUCACCAACGGUGCCGUAUUCUCGUCCAGGAAGGACAUGUUCAUAAAAAAUCGUACCAUCUUCAUCGGCAGAGGCAUUACCCCAAUGCCAUACAACGAUACAUGGCGUAAACAUCGUCGCAUUGCCGCUUCGUGGCUGAACGUGCGCUCCGUGGAUAGUUAUACCCACAUUAUUGACUACGAAGCAUCCGCUCUUGUUCGCGAUCUAUACGCGGCUAGUAGUAAAGGAACGGCUGCCAUCAACCCGCAGUCUUACGCAGGCAGAUGCUCUCUUAACAACAUGCUCGCCAUUUGCUUCGGAUCCCUCCGCACAACGAGCAUAGAUGAUCCCCUGGUUGCUCAAGCACUACAUUUCUCUCGCGAGUGGAUGAAUCUCACAUCACCCACAUCAAAUCUUGUGGACUUCAUAACUCCUUUGCAAUGGAUACCUACAUUUACCCGGUGUCGCGGUAAGAAGCUUCAUCGCGAGCUCGUUGAAGUCUAUGGAGGAAUCAUCAAGGAUAUUGAGGUCACCAUGGCCUCUGGGGGCGCAUAUCAGGACUGCUUAGCAAAGACACUCAUUGAGAACCGUACCAAGGAGGAGCUGGACGACAUGGAUAUUGUCAUGAUGAUAUCCGCAUUCAUGAUAGGAGGUGUCGAAACGACGGCCUCGAUUAUGCAGUGGUUCUUGGCUCUCAUACCCGCCUAUCCUGAGGUUCAGAGGACUGCUCAAGACGAACUGGACAGGGUGGUAGGACGGGAGCGAAUGCCAACCCUCGACGACGAGAAGAAUCUCCCUUACUGCCGCAGCAUUAUCAAAGAGAUCGAGCGAUGCCAUAAUCCGUUCUGGAUUGUUACACCGCAUUCGUCUACGGAGGAUUUCUCCUAUAGGGGAUGGAUCAUUCCGAAAGACACUGUCGUCAUCUUGAACACCUGGUCCAUGCACCAUGAUCCUUCUCGAUUCCCAUGUGCUCACGAGUUCAGACCUGAGCGAUACGUCAAUGAUACGACGAGCAGCGCAGAGUCAGCAAGCCUCGCAAACCCUUACGAGAGAGAUAAUUGGAUGUUUGGUGCGGGUCGACGAAUCUGUCCCGGGAUUCUGGUCGCUGAGAGAGAAAUAUGGCUCACUAUAUCACGUCUUCUCUGGGCAUUCAACAUGGCAGAAAUUCCUGGAGAGCCUAUCGACUUGAAUGAGUACGAUGGUCUUUCGGCUAGGUCUCCGGUACCUUUCAGGAUCAAGCUCGAACCUCGACACGAGAAAGUAGGUCAGGUCAUGGCUUUUUGA